AUGGAUUUCAUAGAGGGGUUACCUGUUAAUGAGAAGAAAAGUGUCAUUCUGGUGGUGGUGGAUAGGCUCACCAAAUAUAUCCAUUUUAUAGGGUUGCAACACCCUUACACAGCAUCCAUAGUAGCUAAGGCUUAUUUGGGUCAGGUUUUCAAGCUACAUGAACUUCCUUCUUCCAUUGUUUCAGACAGAGAUAAGGUGUGUACCAGCAAUUUCUGGCAAGAUCUCUUUAAAGCUCUGGGGUAUCAACCUAGUCAGUGGUUCAAGUGGCUUGCAUUAUCAGAAUGGUGGUAUAACAUCAGUUAUCACACAAGCCUGAAGAUGAGUCUAUUUAAGGCACUAUAUGGCUACAAUCCCCCUCAUAUGGCCUUCCCAUACACAACAGUCACUUCUGUUUCAGCAGUUGAGUCAUAUUUGAAUCAAAGAGAUGCCAUGUUGGACUUGCUUAAGGAGAGUUUGCAGAAGGCUCAAGAGAGAAUGAAAUUCUUUGCUGACAAGAGCAGUACUGAUAGGAGUUUAGAAGUUGGAGAUAGAAAAGUUGGAUCUUUAGCCUACAAAUUAGAAUUACCAUCUAGUGCUAGAAUCCAUCCUGUAUUUCAUGUAUCUCAGUUAAAGAAGCAGAUUGGUAAGGCCCACAUACCAUCACCAGUUUUACCUGUAGUUGAUCAUGCUGGAGAGGUGAUUAUGAGGCCAGAGAAGGUCUUAUCUACCAGAUCAAUCACUACAAGAAGAAAUGAAUUUAAUCAACUCCUCAUACAAUGGACAAACUCUGCUCCGGAAGAUGCUACUUGGGAGGACAAGUCGAACAUUCAAGCUCAUUAUCCAAAUUUCAUCCUUGAGGACAAGGAUACCUUCUAA